UCUGAGCUCCGCACUUUCCCUGGAUUUGUCAAAUCAGUCUUGAGCUGAGCCUCUGCAGAGGGGAAACAUCCUCAUCGGACUGGAGCUACAUGGAAAAGGUUUGAAGACAAUGAUGGAUUUCAUGACUUUGUACAUGAUGAAUACAACAGACGGCAUUGUAAUAAAUGGCACUACGUAUGAAGAUGAAGAGUACGACUAUAAGGACGAGCAUGCUGAGCUGAGGCAGUCUCUAAACAUCAUGUCUCUCAUUGUUUACUGCUUGGCCUUUGUUCUUGGUGUGUUUGGGAAUGGAGUGGUUAUCUGGGUGACCGGAUUCAAGAUGAAGAAAACAGUCAACACAGUUUGGUUCCUGAACCUUGCUGUGGCCGACUUCCUCUUCACCGCAUUUCUGCCGCUGAGUGUGACGUACACAGCCAUGGAUUUCCACUGGCCUUUUGGCAACUUCAUGUGCAAGCUGAACAGCACUGUCAGCUUUCUGAACAUGUUUGCCAGUGUCUACAUCCUUGUGGUGAUCAGUGUGGACAGAUGGGUGUCUGUGGUGUGGCCCGUCUGGGCCCAGAAUUACCGAAGUGUACAGAAGGCGUCCUGUGUGAGUCUGGGUGUUUGGAUAUUGGCUCUGAUUCUCAGUGCUCCAUACUUCAUCUUUAAAGACACUGGACCAUCAUAUCAUAAUGAAGACAUCAUCAACUGCUUCAACAACUUUGCUCUUUCUGAUGACUACGAGACACCAUCUGUGAAUCUGCUGCGACACUUUCGUCAUCAGACCAUGACCAUCACCCGAUUCCUCCUGGGAUUUGUUGUCCCCUUCACUGUCAUUGUGUCGUGCUACGCUGUGAUCAUCCACCGUCUCAGGAGGAACCGCACUCUGGCCAGCCACUCAAGUCGCCCCUUUAAGAUCAUUGCUGCCGUUAUCACCACCUUUUUCCUGUGCUGGGCUCCGUAUCACAUCAUGGCUCUAAUUGAGAUGGUCAAUCACACAGCAAUUCAUUCAAAUGAAAUAUUGGACCAUGUCAUUACUAUCGGUGUCCCUAUAGCCACCAGCCUUGCUUUUCUCAACAGUUGCCUGAACCCACUGCUGUAUGUGUUCAUGGGCCAAGAUUUCAAGGAAAAAGUCCGCAAGUCCAUCCUGAAUGUGUUGGAGAAUGCCUUUCAGGAGGAAGUUUCUCGUUCUUAUACUUACACAAACUCUAUGGUCACCAUUCGGAGUAAAGAGAAGUCUGUUUCUGAUGCUGAGGUAUGAGGUUGCCCAUGAUAUGGAUAAACAAAUACUGUAACUGUGCAUAGAAAAAUGUAAUUGUAUAUAACAAAUAACUUUUUUCAGCUUUUGUUUUUAAUCCAAGGACCCACAAGAACAUCUCUAUACAUCACCUGAGACUGGAACAUUAUGGUAUGAGUUUUGUGAUUGGCUAACGAAAAUAGAUAACUGCGUCAGUUGACUCAUUUUCAUAUUGAUGUUUGAUGUUGGAGCAAUUGUUGAUGCUUUUUUGGGCUGAAUUGUUUUUGAAAUAAUGGGAAACUGAAAUGUUUUGAAUUGAAUAAAGUCCAUUCAUACAGCAAGUUUCAUAGUGAAAAUAAUAAUUUGCACAUACAUUACAUGUUACAUGUACAAUGCCCUUAUGAAUGGGAUGGUUGUGUCAGGGAAGGGCAUCUGAUGUAACAAUCUCUGCCAAAUCAAAAAUGCAAAUCAUUGGCUGUGGCGGCAUCUAGAGAGGGAGAAGAAAAACAUUCUAAAGCAGCCUUUAUGUACAUGAACACAUAUGUGCAUAAUUAUAGAAACUAUUUUCAUUUGUUGAAUAUUAAUUGGGGUGGAACGAUUUUGAAUAAAUAUCUAAUUGCGGUUGUUUUUGACUGAAAUGUCAUCGCGACAUCAAAGGGAAUGGUUAUUUUUACAUAAUUAUUCUCAUUUUAUUUGAAUAACAUAUUUAAAAUGAUUACUCUGUAAUACUUGUGCAGAUUGGUGAGAAACAAAGAUGUUUUUCUUCUAUCUGUAGAAUACAAUGUGUAUAAGGCAGGACAAAAUUUAAUCUAAAUAAUAUUAUAUCAUACAUAUAUUGUGAUUUUGAUAAGAUUUUCGAUUCAUUUUUCAGCCCUUAUAUUACUUGUGCUUGUUUAUUAUGCAGCACUGUUGUUGUAGCUGCACUCUAUAAUCUAUGCUAGAGAUAAGGGAUGUAACUGACACCUGUCAUGAUUUCAAAAUCGGUAUUACAUUGGUUUAAGAUUUGUUUUGUGCAACAAAGGAAAGAGAAAGGUGUUGUAACACAAAGUUGAUAAAGGGAACUUUAUGUUUCUCAUCUGUCUCAUACAGUUGAGCUGUUGAUAUGAUUAUAUGUAUAAAAAUAACAAGCAAUAAAACAAGUGUUUGACGAGCAUAUUAUGAUUUUAGUUAAAUGACACAGUAAACAGUUCUUUUUCUGUAUCGGUUGUAAAAUCAUGUGUUAUAGAAUCACAACUCCCCAUUGUGAAAUAUAAUUGCAUAACUGUUUCACAAACCGGCUAACAGAAAAGGCAAUUUCCCCAACAUCCCCAAUAAAUGGUUGAGCUGCAUGCUUUGAUUUACAUGUUAUUUAGCAUAUAUACUGUAUAUAUAUAAAGAAAAACAUUAACUUUAGAUUGUAAUGGUUUUAAGUGCAGCUUCAUUAUAAACUUGCUUCAUUUGAUCACUCUCAGUCAUUUUUCUUCCCUGAAUGCCUGUGACUUUAACCCUUCAGAAAAUGCAUGCUGUGCUUUAAUCGCAAUGUUUGUAAUGUCAUUUAUAUCAUGUAGUCUCAGUUUAUAAUCAUGGUGAACAACAACAUACAUUUUUUGAAACAAGGUCCUGUGGAUUUUGGGAAUUUAUAUUUGGGGAAAAUUAAGUUAAAUAAUCAGUCAGUAAUAAAAAAAUUUAAUCUCUACAGAUAAAUAAUCUCUAAACUGACAUCUUGAUUCUUGAAUGAUCUGUUACAAUGUAAAUGACAUUUCAUAUGUUUUACAUUUUAGCCCUAUAGCAGAGAACUAUAUCAGUUACAUCGAUAACUCAUUAAAAAAUUAUGACUGUUAUUGUGGCCUUUUUUAUUUCCAUUAGUAAAAUAUUAUUUGGACUAUAUUAUUUUGCACUUUUUCCACAUGUAAUUUGUAUGUCUAAUGAUCACAGAGCAUUACUAACACUGUAAUAAAUAUGUUUGUGCUAAUAAAAGCUUUGCAUAAGCACA